CUCUCUUUACUUCCUUGUUCUCAACCAAUCAGAGGCCACGGCGGGGUUUGAUAUUUUGACGAGCCACAAACACAAACAUUGCCUUCGCCGAGCCUCAGCAAAAUUAUGGGAAUACUCAAUUUUUAUGUCCUUUGGUCCGUCCGUGACGCGCCGCGACAGUUUAGCAGCAAGUCAAACAGAAGAUGCUUCCACGUCCACGUCCCGCUGCCUCUGCCUAAACAGCUGGUGAUCUUCGGACUCGGCGAGUGGGCUUGCGAGGAGACCGCCAUCUCCGCGCAGGUCGUGGUCAGCGCCGACGUGCGGCCCCAGGUCAUUGGCACCAUCACCUCUCGAGCCAGGUGUUUGACGUUUGAGGAGGGCUGGAGGCCUGAUAUCGAGGCGGUGGGGGCAGAGAGGGGCAGGCGAGGAGUUUACGGCAAGAUAGUGCUCACAGUCCAAGAGCAAGGCAGUAGUGCUCCACUGCCACAGAGGAAAUGUCUGUUCCCAGAACAGCUCAGCACCACCGAUCUAUCAGGCACUUCACACCAAAGUGUUGCAGAGGACACGUUGGGCAACAGUGUUUGCUCUGGCGAGAUCCAGAUGAAUAAAGUUGACACCACCAUUUCAGCCUCGGGAAGUAAACUUUUGCGCUGGCCGACGGAAGAGACCCCCAGAGAGAAUGUCAUCAGCAGGAGAGGUUAUUCAAAAUGGAGCUCCGAUGAUCCGGACCGACCCGUUGAGAACAUCGGCCGAGCAUCGACUCCCAAAAAAAUGAGGCUGUCCAGGAUGAACAGCCAGGAAGAAAUGACUUUGCAAAUAAAGAAGGACGAUCGAGAAGUUUCAGUGCGGCCGUCAAAGCGAUGGAGCCACGCGAUGUGCCUCAGUGACCCGGACACUGCCAUUCUCAUCGGUGGGGAAACUUCUGAUCAGACCUCUUGCAAAGACUCCCUCUGGAAGCUGGAGUUAGACAGUGAUUUCUGGUACCCAAUGAGCUCCUCUACAUCUGGACCCGCGCCGCCUUGCACCAGAGGACACGCAGCGACCUACGACCCCGACUCCAAGGCUAUCUUUGUUUACGGUGGCCUGAGGGAGGGCCAGCGUUACAGCGAACUGUAUAUCCUCAAUACUCUGACUUGGAAGUGGAAGAUUAUAACAGCGAAAGGGAAUAUUCCCAGCUUGGCGUAUCACACUGCCGCUUUUUAUAAAAAGGAGCUUUUUGUCUUUGGCGGCGUGCACGCGAGUGCGACUUCGGGGGAAAAGUUGUGCAGUAAUGCUUUGUACAUCUUUAACCCGGAGUUUCAAAUCUGGUACAAGCCUUUAGUGGAUGGAGACAAACCUCUGCCUCGCUUUGGCCACUCGGCCACACUUUUGUCACAAAAGUUGGUCAUAUUCGGUGGUCAGAAAACUGCAACAUACCUAAAUGACCUCCACGUCCUCGACCUCGGUUUCAUGGAGUACACAGCUGUGAAAUGUGGAAACAUGCCACCGCUGCCCCGGGGGUUUCAUGCUGCCCUUCCGGUUUCAGACAACAGGAUUUUAGUGAGUGGGGGCUGCAGCGCAAUUGGAGCCUUGCAAGAUGUACACAUCUUUAACACUGACACCAACAUGUGGACUUCGGUGGCUUUUUCCGAGUUGAGCUCCAAGCCUCGCGCCGGACACAGCAUGAUCCAUUUAUCCUCGGCAGACUGUCAUACAACCUGGGAAGACGAACCUGCCAAAGUUCUCUGCACGUUGCUCGUGUUUGGCGGCUCGGACUGUUCCGGUACUUUCUACAAUGACACAGUUAAGUGCACAGUGGAGAUUCCCUCAUAAUGAAUGGUUUGGGGUUUUUUUUUUUUUUUUUUUUUUUAAAUCUAGAAAAGACCAUGAAGUUUUCAAAACAUGUUCAUGUAAUAUUUGUUAACAAAAAAAAAAAAAAGUUACUCAAUUUUAGCAAUUGUGCAAUUCAGCCUGAUCCUCUUUUAAUGGCUGACUCCAUUAUCCACAAUUCCUUCAAGCAGAUGGUAUGCUGCAAGCUGUGAAAUGUCUGACUUUGCAUAGCAAAUCUGUAAUUUGCACAGUUUUGCACAAUCAGGAGUGUAUAUUUAGGACUAUGUUUCUUGGUUUCGCAAUAAUGAUAUUAAUAAAUGCCAGUGUUUUCCA